ACUGCAAGAGGUUUUUUCCCUCUGCCCCGAUCCUCUUUCCACAGACAAAUUUUAGUUUGCCUUUGACUUUAUUCGAUGCUGGUCAGUGUGCUUUCUGUCCUUCUGUGGGAAAGAGAACGAACUCGGGCCUGCGUCCCUGUGCUCCGCUGCGUCAGGCUCGGCCGCGGCGGGGACUUGGCCACAUGCUGCCACCCAACUGCUCGGUGGCGCACAGCUACGCGGCGGAGGUGAGCACGGCCUUGCUGCUGCUGCUGGAGUGUGGCCUGGGCACGCUGGGCAACGCCGUGGCGCUCUGGACCUUCUUCUUCCGUCUGAAGGUGUGGAAGCCCUACGCCGUCUACUUGUUCAACCUGGUCCUAGCAGACCUCCUGCUGGCUGCCUGCCUGCCCUUUCACGCCGCCUUCUACCUGCGGCAGAAGACCUGGGGCUUGGGACGUGCGUCUUGCCAAGGGAUGCUCUUCCUGCGGUCCCUGUGCCGUGGGGCGGGUGUCGCCUUCCUCACUGCCGUGGCCCUGGACCGCUACCUCCGGGUGGUCCACUCGCGGCUCAAAGUCAACCUUCUGUCCGUGCGGGCGGCCUGGGGGAUCUCGGUCCUGGUCUGGCUCGUGACAGCAGCCCUCACUCACCAAAGCGUGUUCCUCUCUGAGGCCGAGUGCCCCAGUUCUGAGCCCAGGACGGAGUCCUCCUUCAGCCUCAUCUGGCAGGAAGCCCUCUCCUUCCUCCAGUUUAUCCUCGCCUUCGGCCUCAUCCUGUUCUGCAGCGCCGGCAUCAUCAGGACUCUCCAGAAGCGGUUCCGGGACCCACACAAGCAGCCCAAGCUGCAGAGGGCCCAGGCGCUGGUGGCCAUGGUCGGGGUGCUGUUCACGCUGUGCUUUCUGCCCAGCUUCCUGGCCCGCAUCCUACUGGCCAUCUUCCGAGGGGCGCUCAGCUGCGGGGUCCUGAGCUCCAUGGUCCACGCCGCCGACGUGACCGGCAGCCUCACCUACCUGCAGGGCGUGCUGAACCCCGUGGUGUACUGCUUCUCGAACCCCGCCUUCAGACGCUCCUACCGCAAGCUCUUCUACACCCUCACCCUCAGGGCCCGAAAGCAGGAAGCAGAGGCUCCCGGCUGUGAGCUCAGAGACUCUUACUCCUGAGGAUGGCCAGCCCCCCACCUCGCGUCCACGACAGCUACCCGGGGGCGCUGAGCCGUCGCGACGGUUAGUUAAGAUUCUGCACUACAAGCUUGAACGCAACUCAGCAAGUGUCACUGUUGUUUACCAGGAUUUCCUUCAGCUAUUUCGUGUUGCAGAGCAGUUCAUCAAAAUGAGCGAGCAGAGCCUCCUUUACGCAAUUCCCAUGCAGGUUCAAUCACUAAAUGACUACGACACAGUCAUAGCUGGAAAAAGAUGCUGUGGUGGACCGGUGACGCGGAAGGUGGUGGAAGGCGGUGUUGCAGACGCGGUCCUGACUCUGUUUGGUAGUAGCCAUCCUAAUGGACGUGAAGUAGAGAAAUGCUUCUUUGAAAAUCGGGAAAUGCUUGAUAACGUCAGAGACUAAGAAGAAGACAUCCCUGUGCCUGGAUCCCGGAGCACCAGACCCAGGCCCACCAUGAGUUCGUUUGUGGCCGCACUGUUCUCUAACCCACCGAGAUCUCACACAGGGUCGUUUCUAAGGCUCUUUUUCACUGAAACCAUAGGCCUGAGGACAAGUGCACCGGGGAUGGUCAGAGAAGCCGUCCCCUGGUUGCAGAGUCGCGCCACUCCUCUCCCAAAUCCCAGCCACAGACGCCGGACGUGCCCUCGGCUCUGAAGUCAGGACCAGACAGGCUGCCGUCCAGCUGGGAGUCCUUCGGCCUCGGCUGGAGCUCAGCCCUGCUGCUCUUUGGCCAAGGGACCUCAGGCACAUCACCUUGUGGAGGUUACGUCUUCAUCUGAAAAGUGAGGGCGACGACCCUGUCCUGGAAGGACGGCUGGGAGGACGGCUGACCACCCAGGGCCAUGUCCUGACCCAUCCACGCUCGAUGUCAUGGGGUCUUCAGUGAAACGGCCCCUGCAGGACAGCAGUCUGUGGGCCGUGAUCAGAAAAAAGGAGAACGGGGACGUGCGAGGCGCCGUCCCACUUCACACUCUUCCCCUCCCCCCACCCAGCACCCACAGCCCAGUCUCUGCCUGCCUCUCUCUGCCGCCAGCCCAGCCCCGUGGCCUCUCCCUCUCACGCGGGGUUACAGACACUCCUCCGUGGUCCGGGCUCUUUUAUCUUCUCUUCCUCUGUAAUCCGACAGGCUUUCCACUAAUCGGGCAGGUGGUCUGAGGGUGUAGAUGGUCUACACUCGCACACACAGGGUGUGCUGAGCCGAGUUUCGCCAGCCAGUACUGGACCCACUUCUAUGCAGCCGUGUGCUGGUACCAGGCUGUCUGGGAAGAGACGACAGCCCUGACUUGCAGCAGUCGAGAGGUGUCAACCCUCCCACGUGGCUGACCUGAAGCUGUGACCAAUCACAGCGGCUUCCCGAGGGCUCCCCGAUGAGUCUGCAGCUGUGGCCCCCUCUCUCCCCCUGUCCUGGCCAUCAGUCCCCGGGAACGAUGUGCAUCUCACUCCCGCACCUCGGGUCACCCGACAAGAAGACAAGGACAAAAUGAAAUGCGCUAAGAAGAGAAGAAUCUCCCGCAGACCUCGGGGCGGGGGGAGAACUUCCCACUAAGGGUUGGCAAGGGGGAUGCGCGGGAGGGUGUGAGGCACCCGUGAUCCCGUGCCAGCAUUUAACCCCGUCAGCCCUGCUCGUUGUCAACCAAAAGUAUCACGCGCCCCUUGUGGAGACUUCUGGAAACAUCCUGCAAAGAGAGCUUGUCUUAAAGGCCACCAAAAGGCCAGUCAAACCCAGGCACCCAGAAGAAACCUAGUGGGAUGCUUGGAAGUGUGAGCUGUAGUAAGCAGAGGAUAACGGAAGGCAAGACCUCGGAUUUCCGAAGAACUAACAGGAAGCAAUGUGCUUCGGCAGAUGGUACGUGAAGAGGCCGGGUAUUCUCAGGCUGGAAUUCCAGCUUCUCCACUUACGGCUUCCAACUGCCCCCCUAGAGCCGCAUGGCCACGCUGUUUGCACGUCUGCAGCGAGGAGGUGAUGCAAGUGUGUGCCCAGGGAGAUUGGUGUGUCCUCUGAGAUGCUCAGCGAGAUAAAACCUCCUGGUCCCACACGUCUGGACACACUGAGCUCGGGGUCCUGGUUGGGUCAGGCUCAGUCCUCCUUUCCCUAAGGAGUGAAUAAAACAGCAUCACAUCUACAGACAGAGGGAACUAAGAUGAUUUUUGGAGAAUAUCUUAAAUGAAAACUUACAAAUGCACGUGAUAUUCACCAAAACUACUACAAGAUCUCCCUUUCACGUAUUUUACUGGAAAAGUAUAUAAUUACACGGAACUUUUUUCUUAAGUGUUCUAAUCAAGAACAGCAUCAGAUGGGAUGAAGUGAGAGAGUGGCAUGGACAUAUAUACACUACCAAACGUAAGGUAGAUAGCUAGUGGGAAGCAGCCGCGUGGCACAGGGAGAUCAGCUCGGUGCUCUGUGAUCAC